GCGCGCGUCUGUUUGGAGGUCCGUGACAUGAAAUUGUUUGGGAAGCCCUUCACUGAGCCACCAUGUGGGCGUGUUUCUCUCGGCCCAGCAGUCUCCGCUCUUGUGUGGAGUCCAGAGCGAAAAACGCACUUCUUCUGGCGCGACCGGAGAGCGCAAAAGUAAAAAGCAGCAGCUCUCCGAUCCUGACCUGACGCGCAACAGCCAAUCUCCGGCUCCGGCGGGCCCAACUUCACCAAGCCCGGGGGGGAAAAAAGAAGGAAAAGAAGAAGACAUUAAAAGCGCUUUUCCCCAUCACCUUCCAGCCAUGGACGCAUCUCGACUCGUUCUGAUAUAUGCGGGCCUCCUCCUUGUUUUCCUUGGGAAUAUACCGUGUUUCCAGUCUGCUGCUAUCAUCUCUCCCUCUGCGCCCAGGAGGAACAGGGACGCCAGGAUCUCCCAUCAGAACGGACAAAGGUCAUCCAAGUUCCUAAAAGACAUCUUCACGUCCUCGCAGCCGGUCGCGGGACAUCACAAAGCAGACCCAAAGGACGCUAUUGUUCCGCAUGAAUACAUGCUGUCUAUAUACAGGACGUACUCGGCGGCGGAGAAACUCGGACUAAACGCGAGCUUUUUCCGCUCCUCCAAAUCCGCCAACACCAUAACGAGUUUUGUGGACAGAGGAACAGACAAUCUUUUGCACUCUCCUCUGCGAAGACAAAAGUAUCUGUUUGAUGUCUCAACCCUUUCAGAGAAAGAGGAGCUGGUCGGGGCGGAAUUGCGGAUCUUUAGGAGAGCGCCGGGGGAUGUGCAGACUUCCCUGCGCACGACGGGCCUGUACGACAUCCAGCUGCAGCCCUGCCGCUCCGACAGGCUGCUGGACCGCAGGUCCCUGGACCCGCUGGACUCCACCAAGCCCGGCUGGGAGGUUCUGGACGUGUGGGAGAUGUUUAAAGGUCAGCAUCAGCAUCACCACCAGCAGCAGCAGCAGCAGCUCUGCUUCCAGCUCAGGGUCACUCUCAGCCAGUCGGACACCGAGGUGGACCUGAGGCAGCUGGGGCUGGACAGGACAGGCAGGGGCCAGCAGGAAAAGGCCAUCCUGGUGGUCUACAGCCGCUCCGUCAAGAAGGAGAACCUCUUCAAUGAAAUGAAGGAGAAGAUCAAGUCGCGGAGGUCGGUGCAUGAGGGGAAGGAGAAGGAGAAGGAGGAAGAGGAGCCCCAACUUUCACCAUCGACCAUCCGGGUGAGAGGAGAGGGGCCCCGGCGGCGGCGCAGGACCGCCAUCACCAGCCGCCACGGGAAGAGGCACGGCAAGAAAUCCAAGUCCAGGUGCAGCAAGAAGGCGCUGCAUGUGAACUUCAAGCAGCUGGGCUGGGACGACUGGAUCAUCGCGCCCCUGGACUACGAGGCCUACCACUGCGAGGGGGUGUGCGACUUCCCCCUCAGGUCGCACCUGGAGCCGACCAACCACGCCAUCAUCCAGACCCUCAUGAACUCCAUGGACCCCAACAGCACCCCGCCAAGCUGCUGCGUCCCCACCAAGCUCAGCCCCAUCAGCAUCCUCUACAUAGACUCCGGGAACAACGUGGUGUACAAGCAGUACGAGGAGAUGGUGGUGGAGCAGUGUGGCUGCAGGUAGCGGCCAAAAAAACUAAUCAACAACAAAAAAAAAACACAACUUCGAAAAAGACACACCGUUUUUUAAAAAGAUGCGUCCUGGACUGGUCCCAUGAUGGCUGAAGAUGGACAAUCCUCACGGGUCUGAAAUGCUUUUACGCAUGACGCGCCGCCUUGUGCUUUUUUUUAAUUUUCCAAAAGGGAUGCGCACACACACGAGGCUCCAUCUCCUAUUUAUCCAGACUCAGCAAGCACAGACACAUUCAUUCACACUCUCUGCCUUAAAGUGCUCAGUGCAGCAGCUCUCCUCCAUAAGUCAUGCGGGCCACAUGGGAGCCUGUGCAGGACUGCGGACUGCGCGCUUUGCGCGGCCCUUUCCGUGUGAUCCUGCCCGCCGACCCCGAACUCUUCUGGCUCUCCGAGUCCAGGCCGCAGUGGCCGCCGUCCAGCUGGAGCCAUCGCAGGCCCGAGCAAGUGCCUGCUUUCCAAAAAUAAAUAAAUAAAAUAAGAAACAAAAGGGGGUGAAUGCCUAAUCUGCCAAGCACAAACACGGAGCGGCCUGGAGAGAAGAGAGGAGAGGAGAGGAGAUAGUGGUGGCAAUGCCUUUAAGAGAUUUUAGCCUCGUUGGAGACCAGUAUAAGGGCUCUACUAGGAGAGGCCAAAUCAGACUUUUCGCCCAGCUGGGGCGCCCACCCUUUUGUUUAAAAAAAAGAAGAAAGAGAGAAAGCACACAUAACUGAAGCAAACUUUUUGCUCAAAAGUCUGCAUCUUUACGAAAUGCACUUCCACAACUGACUGCGCCACAGACACGUGGACAGUGAGAGUUUGUCUUCUCUGAUGACUAAAAUAUUAAAAAAGACAAUAUUUAAAUGCACAUUAGCUUCGAAUGCACUGCUGUUCAUUUUUGUUUGAGCUGUAAAUAUUUGUACAGUCGAAAAACGUUACAAAGUGCAACGAAUGAAGAAAUGAGAGAACAGCAUUUCUUUGUAAAUAUACAAAAAUGCACUCAAAUCGGUAUAAUUUCUAUUUCUAUAAUUAUUUUAUUAUUUGUGAUGUACAGAGUUCCAUGAUAAUCAUAUAUUUCUUACAUUGAUAAGAGUAAUUUAAGGUGUCUUCAAUAUUUUGCAGAGGGUGGAAAAUACCAUUAAUAAUGUCUACCUCAUAAGUGCUUCUAGGAUCUGAGUUUGAGGUGCAUUCAGUCAGAGUGUAAAGGACUUUUACAUUGAUAUAUAAGAUCAUUUAUAUACAUAUAUUACUGGAUAAUAUUCCACACCAUUACUGUACAAAUAAAAUUCCAAACAAAAUCUAGCAAGGACUUCUUGAUUAAUGCUGCACAUUUGCUUCAGUUUCUUUAUGUUUAUGUGUUUAUAAGAAGGUUUGACAGCCUUUUAAAACACAUGCAAUCCACAAAAAUUACACUUGUUUUUUGGGAAAAGAAAAGGCAGAGUUUUUCUUUUAUUAUAAAAGGUAAAAUAGGGGUCUGGUGAUUAAAAAAGCAGUGAUUCUUACAUUUACCUGUGUU